CUCGAUUCCGCUCCAGCGCUUUUGGUGGUCGAUAUGCAAAACGGCUUCUGCCACAAACAAGGUAGCUUCGCAAAGAUGGGCUCGCAAAGCGAACCAAUAGCGAUUGUUCCGCACAUCAACGAGCUGCGCUCCGCGUUCCGUGCCGCUAAUAUCCCGGUCUUCUUCCUAAGGACAGGAUACAACGCCGACUACUCUGACAGACGCGGCCGCGACAGAGGGGAUCGUAUUGAAGAACUGCAAGGUCUGAUACGAGGGUCUUGGGAUGCCGAUAUCCUAGACGAACUCACGCCCGAGCCCGACGAAAAAGUUGUCGAUAAAACGAGAAAUUCUGGUUUCUUUCGGACGUCGCUGGAAAAUACCCUAAAGGAGCGCGGAGUCAACCAUUUGAUUUUGACAGGAGUGGGGACGGAUGUAUGUGUCGAGUCGACGGCAAGAGAUGCCUAUCAGAUGGACUUCGCCGUUACUACCAUAAGUGAUGCGACUGGG